GGUGCAGUGUCGACUUACCUUUCAUCUGCUCAACACUAAAAUAAACUUACAAUUACUUCUUCUACAAAAUUUCUAAAAUUCUUGAAAAAUGGUGCUAUCAAUGGAGAAAUGGCACGGGAAAGUUGCUAUUGUAACCGGUGCUAGUACAGGAAUUGGUGAAGCUGUGGUCAAAAUGUUAUUAAGACAUAAAAUGAUGGUUGUAGGACUUGCAAGACGUCCACAUCUUAUUGAAGUUUAUAAACAGGACUUACCAGAAGAAGAAGCAUCACACCUUCAUUCUAUAAAAUGUGACAUGCGUCAGGAAUCAGACAUUUUGUCUGUAUUUGCAGAUGUUUUGGAAAACAUUGGUCCUGUUUCCGUGUUGAUUAACAAUGCAGGCAUUUCUCAUCAAACUACCCUUUCUGAUGGCGAUACUGAAAUGUGGCGAUCUGUUUUGGAGACAAAUGUGCUUGGAGUGUCGAUUGCUACAAGAGAAGCUAUCAAACAAAUGAAAGCAAAUGAUAUUGAUGGGCAUAUUGUGCACAACAGCAGUGUUCUCGGGCAUUAUGUGGCACACAUUCCUAAUUUGAAUAUGUACAGUGCGUCCAAGCAUGCUGUGAGGGCUUUGGUGGAAACCCUCAGGCAAGAGUUACUUAGAAGUAGGACAAAAAUACGGAUUACUAGCGUAAGCCCAGGACCUGUCGACACAGCUUUUCUAGAUGACAUCGGAGCCACAGAUUUUCCCAAACUUCAACCGGAAGACGUUGCUGAUGCUUUCGAAUACGUCUUAAGCACUCCACCUCAUGUCCAAGUUCAAGAUGUCAUGAUACGUCCGUUGGGAGAACCCGUCUAAAAUCUUAAACAAACUUGUUUAUUAUUUAACAAUAAUAGUAGAUUGUACAAAUAAAUAUUUCAUAUAGA